AUGACAUGGCUGAAAUUGUGGGACAACAGACGCACACACAUUGUCGAGGCAUACAGACCGCUAUACAAUGCACCAAAUGUCAACUUGACUGAAGCCUCACAUGCUUCCAUGGAGCACUGUGGUGGAUGUAACCUCUCCCUUGUUGAUGCUGCUUAUUAUGAUAUCUCGGAGAGCUUACGUCUAGCACAGAUGUUACAAGCAUAUGGUGAUGGUGCUGUUAAAGCAGGUUCGGGACCGAGUACUGCAGAUCAACAAGCAAAAGAGUACUCACGGGAGAAAAGACGAACAGAAUCCUACAUCAGGCAGCUUGAUGAAUUUGUAGCAGAUAACAUUCCACCUAUAGGUGACCCCCGACCUUUAGAGAAUACAACGUACUCGGUGAACGAAGACGCCAGCCACAGACCAUCAAAAGGAGCCAAAGAUCGAAAUGAUACACCACCUACAAGAACCAGAGUAAAAGGAAGUAAGGACUUUCAGAAAAGUCUGGAAUUGGCUAAGGUGAUGCGUGGAAAGUAUAAAGUGGAAAGAACAAUUUUACCUUCACCAACAAACUCGUCUUUCCAUUUACGGUCACCAGAUGGAUCUCUUUAUACAAUAGAGAUCUCCAAGGUUCCGAAAUGUGACUCUCCAUAUUCGAGUGCAAAGAAAGGCACCGUAUGUAAGCAUCGCAUAUUCAUCCUAGUCGAAAAGUGUGGUGUUGAUUUCAACAGUAGACUUCUUUGGCAGACCAGUUUUAGAAACGAAGAAGUGCCCUAA